AUGGCGGUGCGUGAACGCGCGGCGGCAGCAAUGGCCGCUCUGGAGCGGCGGGUGCCGAGUCUCGAUGACUUCGCGGGACAGAGCUGGAGCUCGUGGGUGGAACGGGCCGACCUGCCCGCGGCCGACGGGGCUGAGGUGGAGGAGAGUAACAAAAACAUGAAGAAGCUGGAUGCCAUGACCCUCAUUAAAGAAGACAUGUCCAUCUUCGGGCACUGCCCUGCCCAUGACGACUUCUAUUUGGUUGUGUGUAACCACUGCAGCCAAGUGGUGAAGCCUCAAGCUUUCCAGAAGCACUGCGAAAGAAGACAUGGGCCCCUCAGCAAGCUUUACGCCCGGGCCCCACCCCCACCUCCAGCCCCUGCCAGCUCUCAGAAAUGCCAUGUAGUGAAUGGGCAGGGCCCAGCUUGCAGGGCCCCAGGUUCCACCAAAACCUCCUCCAGGGAGAAGGGCCAGGGGUCCCGGAGCCGUGGCCACCCGCCUCCUGAGAAGACACAGAAGGACAACCUCUGCCUUUUCGUACCUGUGGUGAAUUUGGAGAAGAUGUCCAGUCUCCCGAAGCCCGACGGACAUGGAAUCAGGCUGGCCCCGCCCUCUGCUCUCCUCAGCCAGCCUGCUGGCCUCACCAAGGACUCCCCGGGAAGAAACCCCACGGCACCCCCUUCUAAAGAACCUCCAGGGAGAGAGAACAUCGAGAUGACUCCCAGCGAGGGCCCCAGUCACCGGGCUGAAGGCAGUCCCCCUGAAAAGGAGCCUGGUGGGGCCAGGCUGCCCCCCAAAACCCACCGGAAGAUGGCCCGAAAGGAGUGCGACCUCAACAGGCAGUGUGGGGUAAUAAACCCAGAGACCAAAAAGAUCUGCACUCGCCUGCUGACCUGCAAGAUCCACUCGGUGCACCAGCGCCGGGAGGUCCAGGGCCGAGCCAAGGACUUUGACGUGCUAGUGGCAGAGCUGAAGGCCAAUUCCCGCAAAGGGGAGUCUCCCAAAGAGAAGAGCCCAGGGCGCAGGGAGCCCACCCUUGAGCGCCCCUCCCAGGAGCCCCCCUCCUCAGUCCAGGUUGUGGCAGCGGCCGCCCCCAGCAGCACCUUCUCUGCUCGCGCCAAGCAGACCUACCCGUACUGUGCACUGCCCAGGUCCCGGGCCUCCUCUGAGAGUGAGUUGGAUGAUGAAGGCCCCUGUGGUGGUGAUGGGGACCCAGGCCUGUUCCCCUUUCCCCUGCCCCGGGGUGGGGCCCAGGCCUCCAGCGAGGAGAGUGAGGAGGAGGGGACAUCUGAGGACCUCCACCUUCCCCCUGACUGCCAUUAUGCAACCCGGCCCCCGCGGCCACAGGCGUUCUGCACCUUUGGGAGCCGGUUGGUGAGUCCGGGAUGCUACGUGUUUAGCCGCCGGCUGGACCGGUUCUGCUCAGCACUGAGCUCCAUGCUGGAACGGCACCUCAGCUCCCACAUGUGGAAGAAGAUCCCACCGGCGGCUGAGCCUCCAUCCCACCUUGUCAGCUCCCCGCUCUCUGCUCCCCUGAGCCCAUCCUCUAUGGGCAGCUGCCCCCGCCUUCCAGGCCCACCCCCUCGACCUGCCUGCCCGGCCUCCACGCCCCCCGCCAAGGACAGCCUUGUCCCCAGCUACCCUGCAGGUUCCCCCAGCGUGGCAGCGGCCUGCAGCCAGGCGGAGUGCAUGGGCGGGAGCCAGGCCAUCACCUCACCCCUGCCUGCCAACACGCCAUCCCCAUCCUUCAGCCGACUCCCGCCUUCGAAGGCCAGCAAGUCGUCCAAAGGCAAGGACGGGGUCGAGGUGGAGGCCCCUUCUCGAAAGCGAAAGUUAUCCCCAGGCCCCACCACUUUCAAACGGACCUGCAUCCUGGAGCCCUCUGGAAAAGGCAAACCCUCCAGCUGCCGGGGCCUCUCGGCCAAGACUAAAACAGCCCUGGGCCUGGGGCUUAAUGGGACGGUGGGGCCAAGAGUGAAGCGGGCAGGGCCUCUGGACUGUCGGGGCUCCCCUCAUCAGCCCCCCACACCCGUCAAGGCUUCUCAGCUGGACAACCGGGGAGCGGCUGGACACCCAGCCAAGGCCCUGUCCACCAACUGCCUCUCUGAGGAGGAGGUAGCCAAGAAGCAGAAAAACCUGGCCACUUACUGCCGGCCGGUGAAGGCCAAGCACUGCCAGGCCGGUGGCCCUGCCGAUGCGGCCUGCUCCGUGCGCCGCAAGAAGCCGGGGCCUGCCAUGGCCUUUGAGGAGAAGUGUUCUACGCUGAAGUCUAAAGCCCAUUAACAAGAAAGUGCCUGCCCACUGCGACGGAGCCGUCAGCACCUCCUCCCCUCCAGAUCCGG